AGACGUUCCCCAUAAUCUGUGCUUUGAGAGCGAGCACUUGAACGCGUACCGGAUUCUCUGUUUCUGUGUGGCAGAAUGGCCUGUGUCUAGAUCUGCUGGUAAUUACGUUUGAUCAAGAAAAGCAGGAGUUACCGCACGAGUCUAGGAAUCCCCGGCAAGAGCGCGACAGUCGACUACUCGCGACGCUGUUUAAGAGUUAUUGUAUUCAUUCAUUCGACAAGGUAGCAUAUAUUCACAAUGGACGACCGAUGCCAAUUGCUGGGCCCGUUUGCACUUGUUGUGCAGGGCGCGAUGGGGGGUCUUGCCGUUCUGUCGUUGGUGUAUAAACGAUACAAGGAAGAACCGCGCCGGCCGGUUAUUGUUUGGGCGUUUGAUGUAUCGAAACAGGUUCUGGGUGCUAGUGGUAUCCAUGUGAUGAAUCUCUUUUUGGCGAUAUUGUCAAGCAACAAAGAGGAAGAUGCGCCUACCAAUCCCUGUCACUGGUACUUUUUGAAUAUCUUACUGGACACGACGAUUGGCGUGCCAAUGCUCUGGUUCUUUCUCUCGAUGAUAUCCAAAGCGGUGCAAGGGCUGAAUAUCCCUGGCACGCGGUCAGGCGACUAUGGCACGCCUCCGCAGUUCAACUGGUUUAUGCGCCAGGCGAUCAUGUAUUUCCUGGGUUUGAGCUGCAUGAAGUUUACAGUCUAUGUGAUGCUCAUUGUGAUGCCGUUUUGGGAUGAUCUUGCUGGAUUCUUGUUGUCUUGGACGAAGGGGCGGCAGCGGACGGAGGUGUCUUUUGUUAUGCUGGUAUUCCCGCUGAUCAUGAACAUGAUUCAAUACUACCUCGUCGACUCAAUCAUCAAAUCCCACGACAAGAAGCAGAUUUUCCGACGAACCGAACCGCUUCACUCAGAUGACGACUUGUCCGCCACAGGAGGUAUCUCGCGGUUCCAGGACGAGCCCGUGGACGAUGACGCGAUUUUGGUUGAUGCUGCUUCUGAGCGUGAGCGGUGAGGGGAUUUGGGUUGGUAGCUAGAUGGUGAUGAUUGUGGGAAUUGGUGGUUUGAUGGGACAUCUUUGUUCCCUGCUUUCGUUACCAGUAUGGAAAGAAGGGGAUUCUUUUGAAUAACGCGUUUGGAUGUAGCAUACAGAGGCUAUCAGGAAUAAAUUACAUUGUACUAUAAGCCAGAGUAUAGUUCCUGUCGAUCGCUUGAACCACCCACUAUUUGCUUGAGAAUAGGCAAUAGAACAAUCAACAGGCAGACUCAUGAAACAAAUACAUAGAAAGCCCUUGUAGUAAUGUCAGUGU